UAAAUUCACGUGGGUUCGCCGAGAUUCUUCAAAAAAUUGAAUUUAACAAUUUAUUAUUCAAAUUUUUGAAUCAGAAUUUAAAAACAAAUAAUGACUACAUUUAAACCGACUACAGUAUCAACAUUACCUGCCAUUAUUGAACCAUUAUCAGAAUCGGCAAAAUUUUGGAAAAAUAAUGUAAAUCCAGCAACAGUUUAUCGUGAGCUUAAUGCAAUCAAUUGGAUCGAUAUAAAUGGACAUAAUCAGAUUCUUACUACUUCGGCAACAAAAGUAUCACUCUAUGAUCCAGAAUCAUCGGAAAAGAAACGUACAUUUCAAUCUCCAAAUCAUACAUUACUUUAUGGUGGUAACUUUCGUCGUGAAAAUCAAAAAAUUUUUGCCACAGGCGCCGCCGAUGGUAUCGUUCGAAUUUGGGAAUGUAAAAAAUCGAAACCAUUGCGUCUGUUGGGUAAUAAUGAUAAUGCCCAAUCCUUGAAACAUUCGGCACCUGUUCAUCGAGUCAAUUUCAAUGGCCUAAAUCAGCUUUUCUCCUGUGGUGAUGAUAAACAGAUUAAAUUAUGGGAUUUUAUCGAGGAAAAAAUCCUGUAUAAUUUUAAUAGUGAUAGUUCAUCUGCUCAUGACGAUUAUAUUCGUGCAUCAUGUCUAAUUGAAAGUGCAUCACUUUUCGUAUCUGGAUCAUAUGAUCAUACGGUAAAAAUAUGGGACAGUAGAUCGCCACAAACCUCAUGCUAUCAAUAUGGCCAUAAACAUACAAUCGAAUCGGUUACAAAUCGAGAUUUAUUGGUCAUAUCGGCCAGUGAUACAACCAUACAAGUCUUUGAUGUUGUUGCCGGUAAAACAUUGCGAACAUUGGAUAAUGUACAUCAUAAAACAAUAACUUGUGUACAUAAUUAUGGUACCUAUCUGCUAACGGCAUCCAUCGACGGACAUUUAAAGAUUUUCGAUUUUAAUUUCAAUGUUAUCGCAUCGUUCAGCUAUACACCAUCACAAUUAUUAUCAUGCCAUUAUAAUGGAUCAUAUUUGGCCGUUGGAACUAAUAAUGGAAUUUUAUCGAUUAAUAAAAUUUCACCACAACCUAAAACAACGAAAGGACGCUCAGCUCAACAUGGUGGUGAUAAAAUUCGAAAACAAGAUGAUGCUGACGAUGAUGAAGAAAUGGCCAACGAAUUAUUCAGCAAUAUUCCAAAAAGAAAGACAGUAAAAUUGGAUAAGAAAAAUAUGUUUAUCGUUCCGAAUGUCGCAAGCAACAAUAUCAUCAAUCGACCAAGACAAGAAAAACAAGAAGAAUUAUUAAGAAAAUUCCAAUAUACAGCUGCGUUGAAUAGAGUGAUGAGAAAAUUUGCUAAUAAUGAUCCUGAAAAAGUGGUAAAUUUUAUGCAAGAAUUAAUUCGACGAAAUGGUCUACAAUCCGCAUUGGCCGGAAGAAAUGUUACCGAUUUAAAACGGAUAAUUAAAUUCAUAAUUACACAUCUGUCAGAUAUUCGUUCACGAAUAUUAUUAGAUGUUUCAUUAAUAUUGGUCAAUAUUUAUACGAGCGAUAUAAGACAUGUAACAAAAGUAAGGAUAUUGUUUAAAGAACUUAACCAACGUGUUGAUGAUGAGAUUGAUAAUCUACAGAAAAUGUCUGAAAUAUCUGGACAAUUACAAUUUUUAAUUAAUUCACAAAUAAAAUGAUGAUUAUUAUUUAUAUAUAAACAAAAAAAAUAUAU